GAUUGGGCAACCGCCCUCCACUUACACAAGCUGUUUCAAAACAUGACUUGUGUAAGGUGAAAAAACCACAAUGAAAUUAUAUCAUUCCUGCGGAAAAGGGAAUGCUCUGACCAGUUAAGACGACACAUAUGCACUGCGGAAUACAAUCAUGUGGUGCUGGCUUCUUCUGGUUGGCCUCUGUCAUCAUGCCGCUCUCACCCAGGGGUCCGAGCCCCUGUUUCGGGAUGUAACCCAGUCUGUGCUGCCUCCAGACAGGCUGCACAACCCAACACAGCUCAACUAUGGGAUGGCAGUAACAGAUGUGGAUGGGGAUGGGACCAUGGAAGUGGUUGUAGCAGGAUACAAUGGUCCUAACCUGGUCCUCAAGUAUGACAGUGCCCAGAACAGGCUUGUAAAUAUAGCAGUGGAUGACCCUAACUCCCCUUAUUACGCCUUGAGGGAUACAGGUGGGAAUGCCAUUGGAGUCACUGCUUGUGAUGUGGACGGAGAUGGACGUGAAGAGAUUUACUUCCUCAACACUAAUAAUGCAUAUUCUGGAAGGGCAACUUACUCCGACAAGUUAUUUAAAUUUCGCAAUGGGCAUUUUGAAGAUCUCCUCAGUGAUGAGAUCAAUGUCCGUAGAGGUGUCGCUAAUCGCAUGGCAGGUCGGUCAGUGGCUUGUGUUGACAGAAAGGGAACGGGGAGGUACUCAGUCUAUGUUGCAAACUAUGCCAGCGGAAAUGUUGGGCCACACGCUCUGAUAGAAAUGGAUGAGACUAUGAGUGACGUGACCAAAGGAUCUAUAGCUCUCUCUGAUGUAGCCGCAAUAGCUGGAGUCAACAAACUCACAGGAGGCCGUGGUGUUGUGGUCGGCCCCAUCCUGAACCAGGUGAGGUCUGAUGUGUUCUGCGACAACGAAAAUGGAGCAAACUUCCUCUUCAAGAACAAUGGAGACGGAACAUUUGUGGACAUGGCUAAAAAAGCAGGUGUGGAGGACAGGUACCAGCACGGCAGAGGAGUGGCUCUGGCUGACUUCAAUGGUGAUGGAAAGACAGACAUAGUCUAUGGAAACUGGAAUGGACCACACAGACUUUAUCUACAGGGCAGCAACUCAAACUUCAGAAACAUAGCUACUGGAGGAUUUGCCAACCCCUCGCCAAUUCGAACCAUAAUUGCUGCUGACUUUGAUAAUGACAAGGAACUAGAAGUGUUUUUUAAUAACAUUGCAUAUAGAGGCAAUGCACCUAACAGGGUUUUCAGGGUCUCCAGAAAGAUCAAUGCAGACCCUGUGAUUGACGAACUAAAUGUGGGAGAAGCUGCAGAACCACAAGGAAGAGGAACAGGAGCCACAGUCACAGACCUAGAUGGUGAUGGGCAGCUGGAGCUGUUUAUCGCACAUGGAGAAAGUGCCCAGCAGCCAAUAUCUGUUUUUAAAGUCACACAGGGCUCGUCCCAUAACUGGCUGCGGAUCAUCCCUCGGACUCAGUUUGGGUCUUUCGCACGUGGAGCCAGAGUGACCGUGUUCACCAAUCAGAGUGGAGCUCACACACGCAUCAUUGAUGGCGGCUCAGGCUACCUCUGUGAGAUGGAGCCUGUGGCACACUUCGGUUUGGGAGGUGAUGAAGUGAAGGUCCUGGAAGUGUCUUGGCCUGAUGGCACAACAAUGACUCGCUCUCUUCAGCCUGGAGAAAUGAACUCAGUGCUAGAAGUCGCUUAUCCAAGAGAUGGAGCAAUGUCGGUGUUAGCAGAGGACACACAGUGCGGCCAAGAUUUUACUGUCAAGAAUGGCCAUUGUGCUGGUAUUUGAGGAUGAGAAUGCUAAGGUUUUUGAAGAUGUCAAAUUCUGUGUAUUUUUUUUUUUUACUUUUGUAAAAAAAAAAAAAAAAAUUCUGUUCUUAGAAAAUUGCUUUUUGCACUUCAUUUUGGAAUUCAAACUUUUAAAUUGUCAUGAGUAGUUUUAAUGUUUUGUUCAUUUUGUUCAAUUAUUUUCCAAAUGUGAUGUGCACUAACACUGAUAAUAUAGUUGGUAUUACGUUACAAAAUGUACAAAUGGUGAUGUUGAUUCAAUACUACAUUUGAAAAGUACUUUUACUUCUACUUUACUUUACUACUGGAUGACAUUAUUUUGUAGUAAUAUUAACUUCCUCUCUUGUUUUCUCCUCUACAUAAAUGCAGCUCUGGCUUCAUUUUACAGUAGCAUUCACUCCUCUGUUCCUGAGUAUGAACCACUCUUUCAUAUAUAUUUGCUCCUAUGUGCCUUGAUUGUCUCUGUAGUUCUUUGCAUUUUAACCCCUGAUCUUUAAAUUGCUAUAAACUGAAUGUGAAGUGGCUAACGUUAUGUUGGUUUAUCAGCCGUUUGUGUUGCUUCAGACGCUGUGUGACAAGUGCAUGGACUGAAGAAUGAACAUUUGAAAUGCAUGAACAAAACAAAGAUGCAAAGUGAUGAAA